ACUUUGUUGUUUGUCUUUCUUGUUGUUCUGGUUCGUUCCUCAGGGUUGAUGCACUUACUGUGAGUCGCUUUGGAUAAAAGCGUCAGCUCAAUGAAAUGUAAUGUAAAAACAUUUCUUUGUAUUUGCAGCAGAGGCCAUUUGAUUGACAGCUUGGGUCAUUUCCUGUCUGCUGCAUCUCCACUGUAAUCACACUAUCACUUUCAGCUGGGAUGUCCACUCUGUUACCACGGUGACCAGGUGAUUAGCUCACCUGGCUGCAGAGGAAACGCUCCACAGACACUGAUUCUGCUUCGACAUGAGAACUGCAGCUCUUAUUCUGGGACUCGUGUUUACCUGUGCUGGGGUCACAGACGGAACAGCUGGAGGUCACCUGGAAGACUCGUCAGGAUUGGUGGAGACUGGUGUUCAGUCAGAGUGUCGGGACCGUUACCUGUGGAUCCAGGUGGCGUCGGUACAGACGCCUCGCUUCGAGGCCGUAGAUGAAAAUGGCGUCCACUCGAUCAGCGAGCUGCUUGCCUCUCGCUGUGGUUACACCAUCAGCACCUUCAAGAUGGACGGCUUCACCACCUUCAGAGCUUCAUAUUAUUCCUGCUUCACCCACAUCCAGAAUGACGAAGUGUUCACGUUCAGAUUUAACGUGAUCAUGAGCGAUGGCGGCGGCAGAUGGAACAGCAGACCUGUCUCUGCCACGUGUUCUGGUCUGACGUGGACUCACAGAGAGGUCAUCUGUGAGGAGGACUACAUGGAGGUGAACGUGAACAGAGAGUCUUCAUGUGGAGGUCCGCGGGGGGAGAGUGGACAUGUGUGGCAGGCGGCCUUCUCUCAGGCUCAGAUGACUGCGUCGUCAGUGUGGCAGCUGAUGUUCCUGCAGAGCGACGGACAGGUGUCUUCCAUGUCCAUCAGUGAGGCCCAGACGCAGGGCUACAGCCUCACCACGACCAGCCACAGGGUGGUGCUGCGAUCCCAGUACAAACAGCGGCAGGCCAGCGUUGUCAUGGUGGAAGGCGUCCCCAUAGAGGUCAUUCGGGUUUCUGUGUUCUUGAAGAAAAAGCUAAUGGUGGUGAUGAUGGAUGUGUCCAUGUCCUGUACAGUCAAUUCUGGUUCAUUCGACAGCGCCUCGCUGCUCUGGGACGUCCCCUGGAUCAUGAUGCCUCUGGUCGAGGAGGACGCAAGGUUUGAAAGUCAGACAGUCAGUGUGGGGGUGGAGGGUGUCCUUCUGGACCAACCCACCGCCACCGCUAGAGGAUUCAGUCUGGUCCGGCGUGGCGGACUGGUCCAGAUCAGGGUUCGUUUUGGAGCAGAGGGCGGCUACCGAAAGAGUGUGGUGCUGAAUAACGUGUACAAGGAGCUGUACGUGAUCUUCCUGCUGUACGAACACGUCUUCUCUCUGACGUUUGAAGACAACAGCAGCAUCAUCACCAGACACCGGAUGCUCAGAGUCCUCGACACGCCGCUGAUCUGCCGUCCACCCUUCAGUGUCGACAAGACCCGGACUAAUGAUGAGGCGUUCAGUGUCUACCUCGGAAACAUUCCUGCAGAUGUCGUUUUGGAGGAAGUGUGGAUCAACGGGAAGCAGCUGAGGAUGUCGGGGAGCAUUGAACGAGGCGUCAGCAUCAGUCCUGUUUCUCACGUUAACGGAAGCCGAGCGUACAAACUGCGGCUGCCCUUCGAGGACGCUGACGUCCUCUGGAUGUACCUGGGUGCAGGUGUGGUUCAGUACUCUGUCGACAUAAACUUCACUUUAACCAUCGUGCACCGGAGAGACUCGUACUACCACCACACGUUCAUCUCUGCUCGACUCUUCAGUUUAUUUCCUCCACAGAUCACAGCUCAGUGUUUUGACGGAGGAAUCACCUUCAGCGUGGUUCGACCACCUCGAGCUAAGAGUCUCUGGGAGGUGGGUGUCGACCACGAGCCUCUGACAUCACAGCUGGCAGCUCAGAGAGGGUACCGCCUCCUCAACGACACCCACAAAACCUCCCUGGACGUCCCUGUGUUCUCCAUCGGCUACACCUACGAAGACAUCAACCUGUCAUUCUUUUAUGGAACAUUUAAGCUACUUCUGAGGGACUCUAAAAGUCUGGCAGUCCAGACGUCCACCUCCAAACGCUGCCUCUUCAAAACUCGGGACAUGACAGUUUGUUCUGCAGAUGGAACCGUCACCGUGGUAACGACUCCAACAUCCACCUGGCCCAUGGUGCGGCCAGAAAGAACCAGUCUGCUGGACGCCACCUGUCGAUCCAAACAGACAGACGGGUCCAGAGUUCUGUUUGAGUUCAAUGUGAACUCCUGUGGGACCAGAGCCAUGGUCGGGGAGUCGUACGUGGUUUAUGAAAACGAAAUCAUCCACGACAAACAGUUGAUCGCUGACGGGCCGAACUUCAUCUCCAGAGAAUCUCAAUUUAAGUUGACCGUCCGGUGCUUCUAUCCUCUGAGUGGAGUCAACAGACUUUCUGUGUCAAGGGUCUUCAGAUCUCCUGGAUUUGGUUCAAUCGAAGUCUUUCAGAGUAUUAAAGAUUCAGCGAAUAAAGUUCCUGCUCGUGACUGUCUGCAGCAGGUUCCUGGAAAUGAUGUCAAUACCCCGAUGAACCAGGCCCAUCUUGAACCCGGCAUCCGGCCUCUGCCCAAACCUGGACCCAGCCGCUUCAUCACAGUCCCAAGACAACACAACAAGGUUGUCUCCUCCUCAGACAUCCAAACUUCUCCAACCCUGAAUUUUUCUCCUGAAACUCAAACUGCCCAGAACCAGGUGCUCGACCAGAACCCAAAGAGAACCAUGUCCAUGGAAAGAAGGAACAUUGAGAUGCUUCAGUCCAGAGUAAAGAACAUCAGAGUCAAACCAAUGAUCAAAUUAGUGUCUUCUGGAAAUCAUCUGAAAUGGAAACCUUCUAUCAAACAAGUAAACUCUCAAAUGUCUAAUCCUGGACUAAUGGACGUCAGCGCGAACAGGAACCACCAGACCUCCAAACAGCUUCACGACCGCAGAUGUUCAAUCACUAGAAGGAAAACAGAUUUCCAAACAGAAAAGCAGGAACAGGGUGCUCAUGGUGUCCAAGGCAAGCUGCAUCAAUCUGAAGUGAUCCGCCUCCCUGAUCAAUCCCCGACCCAGAUGGGACCACAGCAGAACCUGGUCCAGUCAGGGGUUGAGACAGAAAACCACAUGAGAGAGGAACCUGCUUCAGCUCUGAGAACUGUUGUCCAGUCAGCAGGUACGACUCACAUAAGAGUCAGACCCGGUCACAGUGGAAGACUCCAAACUCCUGAUCAGCCCAGACUGCAGAACCCAGACUCUCUCACCAGGGGGGGAAUCAGCAGGACCUCCGACCUCAGCUUCACGCUUCAGAAUACGGUCGUCAUCAGAGAACGUGAACCGACCAAUCCAAACGCACAGAGUAACGAGGGCCUUAAUCCCACCACAGGAGGAACUGGGUUACCUGGUCCUGGCACAAGUCCGACUGGUUCUGAUCCUGGUUCAGUCCUAAAGAUCCACUCGAGGUCCGACAGUGGCCGUCAGUAUGGAUCUAGUGUUCACCGGGGCAUCAUGAGAGGUGAACCGAUCAGCUGAUGAAGACCAGAAACAAACGGCGUCUGUCUGCACACACUGAUUUAAUAAAGGUCCAGUUGGAAAAAACA